AUGUCUCUUGCUGAACAAAAUCUCGGAGCGUGUUUGGGUAGUAAGCGGAACGUGACCGUCAUGGAUGGUGAAGUGGAUACUUUGUAUCAGCUCACAAAGCAUUGCAUACUACCAAUACCAUGCAUAGUACCGCGUAGGUCUUAUCGCGAUUUCCACGCGGAUUUAUUCCCGGAUACUCGAGGUCCUAAAGCUGGCUGCACAUCUGCCGAGUGGCUGGCUGGCUCCAAUGCACUCCCUGAAAAGGUGUCGCUUGCCCCGAAUGGGACCAGUGGUCUACCACACGUGUUGAAUCAGACACCAUCUCCUCUUUCACCACCAGCUGCUUCACCUACUAUCAAAGAGACUCCGAAACCUGUAGUGCAACCUGUUAUAUUGCCUAAUACUGAACGCCCACGUGCCCAAACGCAGCCUUCA